UUCGGACGGAAGCGCCAGGCCGGCGUUUGCUGCUAGCGGCUUUCGGGCUCACACGUGGGUGGUUUUCGGUGUUCCGGCUCUCAAUUCAUUCCUUUUGGCGUGGACAAGCCUCAUUGAAGGACAGAGUGGCCGCAAAGGCCAAGGGUCGUGAGCUGAUGAAUAUUGCUGUUGAAAAUGAAGAGACGUUGGGAGGAGGUCUGCAGAGUGGAGCGGAGGGGUCGCGGCUACGGCUCAAGUCCGGUAGGGAGAGAGUCGGGGGCACAGCCGAGACCGAGGCCGGCCGUGUAGAGGCGGGGAACGGAUUGACAGGAAUGGGGAAGACAGAGGAUAGAGAAGGAACUGGGCAAAGGGUAGAGGAAAUGCGAGUGGACCUAACGGUUGUGAAGCAAGAAGUUACGGACUGGUCAGAAGUGGAAGAAGGGAUGCUCGAUGGCCGAUGGGUAAAGCAGGAGGUAGAGGAUGGACCUAAGGUGAAAGAGGAGAAACCAGGCACUUUGGAAGUGAAGCAAGAGAUGGAUAGUCGUUUUGUGGUAAAAGAAGAGAAGGUGAACGAAACAGAUGUAAAGGAAGAGAAAGUGAAGGUGAAGGAAGAGGUAAUGGACUGGCUAGAUGUGAAGGAAGAGAAGAAAGCUACUAUGGAGAUAAAAGAGGAGGUGUUUGUUGGUCAGAAUAUAAAAAAGGAGAAAAUGAUGGAUGAAAUGUGUGUAAAAGAAGAGAAGUAUUUUCCAAAAGAAGAAGUGAUGGAUGAUACAAAGAUGAAAGAAGAACCUCACAUAAAUCCCCCAGUGGGCUUCAAGCGGAAACUGGCCAUGUCCAGGUGUGAAACUUGUGGUACAGAAGAAGCAAAGUACAAAUGUCCACGUUGUAUGCGAUAUUCCUGCAGUUUGCCCUGUGUAAAGAAACACAAAGCAGAACUGACAUGUAAUGGAGUUCGAGAUAAAACUGCAUAUGUUUCCAUACAACAGUUUACUGAAAUGAAUCUGCUUAGUGAUUAUCGAUUUUUGGAAGAUGUGGCAAGAACAGCAGACUACAUUUCUAGAGAUGCUUUCUUAAAAAGACCAAUUAGCAAUAAACAUAUGUAUUUUAUGAAAAAUCGUGCUAGAAAACAAGGUAUUAAUUUAAAGCUUCUACCCAACGGAUUCACAAAGAGGAAAGAAAAUUCAACAUUUUUUGAUAAGAAAAAACAGCAGUUUUGUUGGCAUGUGAAGCUCCAAUUUCCUCAGAGUCAAGCUGUGUACAUAGAAAAAAGAGUACCAGAUGAUAAAACUAUUAAUGAAAUCCUAAAACCUUACAUUGAUCCUGAAAAGGCUGAUCCUGUAAUUCGUCAAAGGUUGAAAGCCUACAUUCGCUCUCAGACUGGGGUCCAAAUUUUAAUGAAGGUUGAAUAUAUGCAGCAAAAUUUAGUAAGAUAUUACGAACUGGAUCCUUAUAAAAGUCUCCGUGACAAUUUGAGGAACAAAGUGAUCAUUGAGUAUCCAACAUUACAUGUGGUAUUAAAAGAAUCCAGUAAUGACAUGGAAGUUCUUCACCAAGAGCCCUGUGGUCCUGCUCCUGACUGCUGCUCUGUGUUCCUAAAGAAAAACAGUAGAGUCCAAUCUCUGUUUUGAAGUUUCGGUGGUUGGUUGACCAGAUGCUGUGAUGCUGUGCUUCAGGGUCCCCGCCAACACAGAAGAGACAGCAACUUUUUCCAUGUUCCUGACAGAUUGGAAGGUGUUUUUUCACAUUCUCUGCUUCAGAUCUCUCCCUGGAAAGGUUGGUCGGUUGUUCAGCCAACAUCUUUGGCCUCCGCAGCUACUGCAGCUUAGGAGCCUGUAAAUAGUUCCUGCCACAUUUGGACCCUCACAAACAAAACUUCUAAGCAUUGGAAAUGGAAAACUUGGGGUGGUGAGGAAAGCCAAGCGAGAGCGGGCAUCCAGUCUUCCAGCUAAUUAAUUAAUGGGACUCUGCAAGAAGGAAGCCACUGUUUGUGGCUGACCUGUGUAUGGAUAGUCGAAGGGAGAACAGGAUCCAGAUGUUCUUUUCUCACUUUCCUAAGUGGAAAGAGGAGCAGUUGUGAGGUUUGGUUUGUUUUUUUUUUUUUUUCCCCUAAGCAAUCAGAUUUCUUUUUCCUACCAAACUCAGGUGCCCCUUAGGAGUGAGAGGGCAAGCAAGUUCUUUCUUAGUUCCUUUCACAGAUCAAAAAGUACUUGCUUUGAAAUUCUAUAAUUGAGCCCACACAAAAGUACUUCAUUAUCAUCUGUAAUCUCCAGUAGUCCCAUUUUGUCUUCCUCCAAAGAGCAGUAAUGAAUCUAGAAAGCUUAGGCCAAGUGAUGGUACAAGUAUGGAUUAUAUUAAAAGGUAUAGUGAAAAUCUGUUGUUUGCUCCCCAACGUGCACCCCCCACUUCUUUCUGGUAACCAUACCUUGAGUUCUUCUUGGAAACUACCAGCUCCCCUUUGUUCUCAGCCAUCUGGUUUGGAUGGGAUUAAACCCAGCCCUAGCUCCUGGGUGGGUUUUCAUCAGCCUGAAGAGAUCAGAGUGCGAUCGCAUGUUUGGUUCCAACUGUGCAGGUGGCCUAAGCUGGUGCAAUCUGAGGGAGCUACAGAACAGGCCGGGCAUGGACUCUCCCGGGCUGUAAAAAUGUAAGGCUAAAAGUGGGUUAGCCUGUUCUGCUUCCGUAAGGAGAGCCAGCCUGAAGCCAAGCCAUCUAUCCCUGUGGAGUGGUCAGAUGCAUUAGCCAAUACAUUCCUUUUCUGUUUCCUUAUUCAAGUAUUUGUAAGUUGGGUUUUCUGUCAACUAUAUCAGAAUUUGAAACUAGGAAAUGAAGUGUGGCAAGUUAUAGGCCCUUGAUUAUGGAAUUGGCUGAAUCAAGACAGGAGAACCUCUAUCCUAGGCUACAGUGUAAGGACUACAUUGAUCCAUAAAAGAAAAAUAAUCUUAACUUCCCCUUUAAAGAUAUUUUAUAGCAGUUGCACACAGCACUUCUGUGACAUCCUAUUUGUAGAACUUGGCCAUGUGGCCACACCUAGUUACAAGGAAAUGGAAGAAAGUAUUUACUCUGAGUGGCGAUGUGACUAACUAAAAAUUGUGGAUCUUUUUACUAAGGAGGAGAAUUAAAUGGGUAUUGCAGGACAUUGGGUAUUGAAGGGUAUUGAAGUCUUUUCUGUAGUUGGCCAUUGGCAACUCUUUGUGGGACUGUAAUAGUUGUCUAAUGUCUAUCGGGACCCUCAGUCCAUAUGUCUUCCUGGGCUGUAGCAUUAAGGGACUUGAACAAAAAGUUCAGGCUGUAGGAUGCACUGACUCUAGGUUGAAGCUUUGUAAAUCUUACAAGAAAGAGAUUUACUUUGAAACAAAUGCCUCUGAAAAUCAAGAAAGAAUGAAAUUCUUUGCUAUAAGAAAUCCUUUCUGCUUGUGAUGGGCAGACCAAGUAUAUGGAGCUCAGUAGUUUGGAUUCUUGACUAAAUGGAAAAGCCAGAUUCCUUCCUACAGUUAAGUUAGUUUGAUCAAAACAAGGAGGAAAAGUGCGAUAAAGAAAGAUUAGGACCUGGAAUAAGUGUGAUCUCCCAAGCCUCUUCUAGAAUCCUCUUGUUAAAGCCUUCCACCCUGUCCAAAGGGAUAGCUAUGCCUUUUGAAAAGAUGCAGCUGGUGUGUUGCCUUCUGACAAAGGAACGUAACUGUUCCUCCCCUCUCCAGAUCAUUGCUUUGUAUUGCCCCCAAACAGAGGCCAGUGUGGAAGCAGAAACCAAUAAUUACAGUCAUCCCACACCUGUGCUGUAAAUGAAACGCUAUUAAUCAACUAGAUCUCUACUUUUAUUACUAACCCAUGGAAUUGACCAGUAUAUUAAUCAGUGUUCUAUAGAGAAACAGAACCAAAAGGGUAUAUCUAGAUAUAGAUAUAGAUAUAGAUAUAGAUAUAGAUAUAGAUAUAGAUAUAGAUAUAGAUAUAUAGAUAUAUAGAUAUAUAGAUAUGUAGAGAGAGAAGUAAACUUAUUAUAAGGAAUUGGCUCUUGUGAUUAUGGAGUCUGGCAAUUCCAGAUCUGCAAGGUGAGACAGCAAGCUAGAAACCCAGGAGAACUGAUGUUUCUGUUCAAGUCUGAAGGAAUGUUCCAGUUCAAAGGUGGUUAAGGAAGGGAAAAUCUUAGAGGAUUUUUGUUCCGCUCUGGCCUUCAUCUGUUUGGCUGAGACCCACCCACAUUGGGAGAGCUAUCUGCUUUACUCAGUCUUCUAAUUUAAAUGUUAAUUUCAUCCAAAAAUACCCUUACAGAAACAUCUAGAAUAAUGUUUGCCCAAAUAUCUGGGCACUCAUGGCCCAGUCAAGUUGACACAUAAAAUUAACCAUCACAACCAAAAACACACAGAUGGGAGCCAACUAAACCCAUGAAGAUUUGUAUCAGAGAAAUCCCCAAUGACAAAAUCAGUUGCCCAAUCCCUAAAUCAGUCCUCAGAACCCCAUCCCCCACCACAUACACACUCCAGUGUUACACCAGCCAGCAGUGGCUGCUAAAGCUGUGUGGUCCUCUAAAGAGGUUCUCUUACAGAAAUAAUGGACAAGGGAGAUCUUCUUGGAGAAUGAAAUUAAGGCAACCCUGACCUUCACUUCACUGCAAGAUAUAGGGAGUCUUUGCCAUUUCUGUCCCAAAAGAUUAUAAUAUGUUAUGAGGACUGAUGGCCACUGGAUGUUUUACAUUCUCUGCUUUGCAAUUUGGAAUUUUUAUUGGAGUUCUGUUUUCUCUCUUCUAUUAUAUAUUGGGUGUGGUUAGGCUUAUUAUUUACCCACAGAUCACUGAACCAUGAAGAGGUACUUAACAUGAUUUGUACAUUGACAUAAAUAUUGGACUUGGAUCUAGCUUUAGUAACUGGAUGAGAUUUUAUAUUAUCUCCCUUCGGGAAGGGAAUGUGGCCUGUAGGUGUGGAAGCUGUGGGAUGAUGUUAGGUGGCCAGAGGUUGCACUGUCCAAAACUGCUUAGUCCUUCUACCCAAUACCCCACAUUUCCUUCAAGAGCUUCUUUUCCUCACUCUCAGCUGUAUGGUUUGGCUGGGAUUGAUACUCCUCCCCAUUCCACCCUCUCAGCCAAAGUAAUUGGCUCAGGAAUGGGCAUGUCAGUCCAUCUCAGGAUGAGCCCCUGGAUUUGUACUAGGAAUGCUAGAACUCAAUCUCUCUUCCUCACUGGGCUAACUUAUGGCAUGUGCGCUUUAGAACGGCUGUAUCCAUGGUCCACAAGGGGAGCCAGCCUGAGAAUCAAGCUAGAAGCAGAACUGAAGAAUGAUCCUACUAACAUUUACCUGUCAUUUCUGCACUCCUUCUGGAGUGCUUUCCUCUCAUUUGCAACUGCCACAGUAACAAAAGUUUCCCAAGUGAUAGAAUGUGAGGAAGUUCAAAUGUGCUUGACAUCUUUUUGAAACAGCUGGACAUCUUUUCCAAACCACUCUCCCCUGUAGUCACCUCCAAUGUGUGACUGAAGUCUGCAGAACCACAGAAUCUGGGGAUCUGACACCCAAAAGGAUUAGAGAGAGAUCAAUCCAAGGCCUUCCAAGAUGCCUUAGGGGGUAAGCAAGGUGACUUUUAGUUGACUCAUGAAUAUUUUUAUUUUCAUAAAUAUAAUGAUAAUGUGAAUCCUAGUAAAAUAUAAAUAGCAUUUUCACAUCAAACUUGUGAUUUCACAGGUUUUAUGUAACGCUUUUACUGAAGGGGAAAUUGAAGCUUUGAGAGAUUAAUGGCUUUUUUAGGGAUUGCCCAGAUGGUGAAUGAAGGGUGAGAGAUAUUAAGUGUGGAAUCUUAUAAUUGAGAGGGAUCCUGGAGAUCAUGGAGUCGCUUCCCCAGCCUUGCCCACCUCCGAUGUCUGAAUUCCCUCCACACCAUCUCUCACAAGUGGUCAUUCAGCCUCUAUUUGAAUACCCCCAUGGAUGGGAAGCUUAUCACCAUUGGAGGCAGCACAUUCCGUUUUGGCAGUUCUGAGAGAAAAUUCUCCCUUAUACUGAGCCACGAUCAGCCCCUUGAAAUUUCUUUCCAUUUGGUUCCAGUUCUUUCCCCUGAAUCCACUCCUUAUGUUCAAAUGUUCAAGUCAGUUACUCUGCCCCCACUCCACUUCUCCCUCAACACACACACACACACACACACACACACACACACUACACACACACUUCAUGGAAUGUGGUUUUGAAUCACUCAAUUAUUUUCUCAUCAUUUUUGUUUUGAUUUAACACUCAAAUGUCUUUGUUGUUAUUAAACCUGUGUGUCUAGAACAUGACUUACUAUGUAUGCAGUGUAGACUACAUCAGAGUUAUCCCACCUUUGUUCUGGACCUUAUGUUUCUAUUAAGGCAGCCUGAGAUUACCACAUCCCAUGGUUGACCAUUGAGUGACAGCAUCCAUCUUUUUUUUUUUUUAACCAUCAUUCUGCAGUCAACAGGCUGACUAACUGAACCUUACUUAGUUCACGACCUAUAAUUUAUUCUUAUACCUUUUCAUUCCAGUCUAUUGAUGUUUUUAUCUUGAUUCUAUCAGCAAUUUAUUAAAAAACAGAAUACUAGAACAUGAGGGCUUCCCUUGACACUUACCAAAAGUAGUUUCAGGAUACAUAAAAAUGUAGCAAAUGAAUAAAAUUAUGAACUUAUAGAAUCUAAUAUCCAAGAGAUUGAUGUAGACUGUAAACAUUAAUGGAUUUAACAUAAAUGAAUGAAUAACAAAGAUUAUUUAGAUUAUUCAACUUUUUAAAUAUAGUGGCCCAGCCUUGUCUACCUAAUGUCCCUGCUGGUCAAUAUCAGAAACAGGACAUUGAGUUACACUAGUCAAAGGUCUCAACAUGGAGUUUUUUCCUUGUUUCCUUGUUUCCUUUAUUUCCCUGCUGCAGAAAUAAACCUAGUUUUGGCCCUAGGAGCCAAUCUAGUAUACUGAUUAAAGGAACUGGUUUGGGAUUUCAAAAGAACUCAUUUCAAACCCUGACUCUGUGUACUAGUUGUAUAUCCUCUCACAAGCUAUACAGCCUCUUUGAGCCUCAAUUAACAAGGAAACAAUAUGGUACCCAUCUCAGGCUUAUCAGAACUAUACAAAAUAACACAUAUAUAGCAUCUGGCACAUGAUAAACAUUCAGUACUGUGGCUAUGCUUGUUUCUAAAUCUGUUGAUACACACAAAAUAAUUAGAAGAAAUUGAAAAUAAAAAUUAUUUUCUCCAUGAAGAAAGGAGCUGUCCAUCAUGACCACGAAUGCUUUGGUUUGGUCAGUUUCUGUCCUGAGGUACUUCAAUCAGGAUACUCUAUUAGUUUGGUAAAGAAAAUUCCUAACCUUCUUAGGGCUUCCUGUUUUGGGAGCGUUGAGAGGUUUGGGGAGCAGCUUUGAUGAAGGAGCCAGCAGAAACCAGCUGGAGCUGUUUGCUUCACGGCGGGCUAAACAUAGUGCUAUCUGGAAGGCACAGGAGUGACUCCUCCAUUAGGAGGCCACUCUGAGUGUCCUCUCCAGAAGUAUCAAAGUCCUUCUAGAGUUGCCAUUCUAAGGGCCUUUGAGGGACUAAAGGACUUAGGAAUACAGAGACAGAAUAGGAACAGUGGAUGGGUUGUGUCUCCCCUAAUGUGGGGGUUUUUUUUGUUUGUUUUUUUCAACCUGCGAUUUGCCAUCCUACCUGAAUGCAGUUUUGAAUGUAAAGAAGUUGCUGGAUGCAUGUGUCUGGGCAGGCACAAGCGUCUAAGGAUUGUGCUUUCAAACACUGAUGGGGCUUACCAGAGUUGGGCGAGGGUGGCCUCAUCUGAUCUGAGGAUUAUUGUCAGGCAGGAGGGUUUUAAAAAUUUAAAUCCCAGUUUUUUAACAUGCAGGAAAACACCUGGCUUCCUACCCUGUGAAAUAGAUGGCUUCAGUUGGCUUCCUUGUUUUUUUUUUUUUUAAGAGUUUUUAGAUGUGUAGUGGGUUAUUUUCCUUCAGCAACAACAAAAGAGCAGUCAGCGCCUGCUUUCCAUCUAUUGGCCCCACUGUUAAGACUGGCAAAGGCUCCCAGAUUUAUACCUUCUCGUGACCCCCUUGAUUUACGCCAACUCCCCCACUCGCUGCCAUUCCUGUAGCAUUCAGUGCUGCCUUCUUGAGACAAGGGUACUAACAGUUUUUUACUUGGAGGUUUUACAGUAUUUAAUUAGUCAUUUAUCUCUCGAUAUUCAAAGCUGGUGUGUGUGUGUGUGUGUGUGUGUGUGUGUGUGUGUUCACGCGCAUGCACGGUUUUCCCUUUGCCACAUUAUUGUGUUUCUUUUCCAUUUGCACAAGGUCACAUUCAGAGCUCUUCCUCCCCAAAGGGGAGGUUGCACAUUCGUCACUUAAUCUUCCUCUCAUUUCCUUCUGUUAGGAUCACAUAGCCCUUCCUGAGGUAUUACCAUUUUUCCAUUUCUUCUUUGCUCCCUCCUUUUAAUAACUCUGGGAGACAGGGAGGUACCUUGUAAAGUUAAUUUCCUCUGAAGCUUUCAAAGCAAAGGCAUCUCUCAGCCCAGACACCACCACCCCUCUCCACCCCUCAGCGACGACACACUCCCCUCCUCAAAGCCUUAGUCACCCUGGGUUGUGCCCGCCGCUCAGGACUGUCCGUGCCCCGGCUUCGUCUCUGGGGCACAGUGAAUUGCUCUGUGUAGUGGCUCUUUGGUCUGGGCGUGGGGACCCUAGUGGGAAGAAUCUCCCCAUUUAUUCGCUCUGUUCCCUCCCCUUUUUUACCUCUUCACUGUGCCUCUCCUUCCCCUUCACUGCUUUCUGCUUUUCUCUGGUACUUUCAGGACUCAGGGGCUGGCUGCCUGCCUGUCCCAGGGAUGGCAUUUCCUCUUCAAAGGUCUGUGGCCUCAGCCACCCAGCUCUACCAAGCACACAAGCCUUUGGAAUUGCUGUGGCUUUGCUGCCUGCCUACUUGGAAGGCAAGGGCAGUUUUUUAAACACCCCUUUGGUUUCUUGGGGUGAAGCUUUCCUCAAUCCUAUUUUAUUUAUGUGAACACGAUCUGUGGCUUUUUAAUGUUUGCUUUUGAAUGUUUGUGUUAAUGGACUCAACUGAAAGCGUUUCCUCUUACCGGAGAGAGGGCCGGCACACAGCUGGGGGCCAGGCCGCUCAACUCAGGCGAAACUGUCCCAAGAGGAACAAGUUACCAGCCAAGGAAGUCUGGAGGCUCCAAGAGGAAUUCACUGAGGCCUUCAUGGGCAACAGCGGUCAGAGCUGGGAUCAUAGGCUAGGCCAACAAGGUUCAAGCAAUUCCUUGGAUUAACGAGGGCUAGACUGGAGACCCCUAUAUUUUUGUAAAUGCGUUUUUUAAAUUGUGCAUUUAUUUACCACAACUGUAUGUGGUUUUCAAGAUGAUCUUUUGCCCAUAUUCCCAGCUUUCUGAGUCUCUUCUUGGUUGUAUUAAAAACUCCAGGUUGAUCCCUGAAUCAUCUGUCUAUAGGUGACCUGUCAUCUGAAUGUGUAGCAGAAUCCCAGCUCCGCCUAAUGUGCUCCUGUGUAUUUUUCUCUUCUUGUCUUGCUGGUACCUCAGACGGAAACAGAAACACAAACACAAAGGAUCUGGUGGAAUGCACAGUUUUUCCAUAUCCAGUGACUGGAUAGCCCAGCCCUCACUGGAGUGAGGAAGGGAGGUAGGAGAGGGGUAACUGGGACCACACUGUGUGGAAGGAAUUCAAUCCUCAAAUCUGCCGUGAGGACCAAAGAAAAGAGUAGCAGGGCGGGGCCUAGUCAGGGCUGGGCUGUCCUCAAGGGUGGACCCCACCAUCCCACCACCACCAACCCAUAGCCUGUAUAGCCUUGGGUCCGUUGGCCCUGGAAAUCUGUAAGCCCUUGAACCAAAGGUGGGCUACUUACCUGGACAAUCUGUGUGAGGAUAUGGCAUGAUGAGGAACACUUCUCUCUCCAAACAAGCUGGAACUGAGCUGAGCCAACAGGUCUACCAGGAGUGUUGCCUAAGUUAUUAAUCUCCUCAAAUGAAGGAGGUGGCUGUUGUCACACAGUAGAAUAAACUGCAACAGAAAAGAAUUGAUGUGGUCCUCCACAGGACACAGAAGUUACAAUUGAAUCAGCAUACUCCAGGGUUUCUUUAUUUAAACUAUGAGUUCAAUGUUGGUGACCCUCUCUGUUUAAUUUACCCCCUCUCCUUGGGCAGCGUCUUCUAACUCCUUGACUUAAUGCCCACCAGUAACUCCAUAUUCUGAAUCUACUGAGCUGCAAACCAGACAGCUAACUUGCCAUGAGAAUCACACAUGUACUCAGUGUGACCCACAGCUAAUUUGUCCUUUUCUCCACCUGCCUCCAGCCACCUCCUCCUGGGUUAUCCAUUGUCAUCAUCAGUCAUCCAGUUGCUCAUACCAGAAAUACAAGAGUUAUCUUUGUCUCUUUCCUUUCUUAGAACCCUUCAAUCACCUAAUCCUGUUCAUUCUACCUCCUAAAUAUCUCUUUACUUAUUCUGUCCAUAUCUCUUUAUCUCUUUGGCCACCAAACUAGUCCAGGCUAUUGCUUUUUCUUUUCUAGCUGCUUCCUUGGUCCUCUGUCUGUGGUCUUGACUUCUGGUCUUAACACUUGCAGCCCAUUCUCUCUACAUACCAUUCAGAACGGUGUGUCUAAAAUGUAAUCUGAUGUUUCUUGCCUGCCCAAAACCUUUGAGUAACUUUCUGUUGCUUUUCAGAUAAAGCCCAGAGUCCACGUUCCAACCUUGCUUACUCUUGCCCUCAUCGGUUACCAGGACAGAGACCGUGUCUUUCCAUUUCAUUACUGUUCCCUCAGCACGUAGAACAAUGUCUAACAAAAGGUUGCUCUCUAUAAAUAGUGAUUGCUGGAUGAAUAAAUGAGUAAACAGAAUUUGUAUAUAUUUAAGGAUAACCCAGGGAGAAGGGAGAAUGAUAGAUCAAUAUUAAAACCUCUCAGGAUAAUUGUUCUUAUUCUAAGACUUAAAUAUUUUAAUCCCAGGGCUGGAAAAAGGGAAAGUUCUUGAACAAGCAUUGCACAAAGUAUGAGGAAUAGGAUGGUCUCCUUUAUUCUGCUCCAAGGGCUCCCCUUUUGGAUGUGAGGAGCAUACUGUCUGUCAGAUUAUCUGCAGUGACCGUGGGGACUGGGCAGAUUUACAAGGUGAAGGGAAGAAACGGCAAUUGUAAAGUUUAGUGUAGGGGAUAGUUUUGUUUGUUUGGUUUUCAGCUGACUAGCAUCCAUUUCACUUCCUUACAGUACUACAGUUUCCUUUUGAAGAAGGAUCUCUUUCCUGUUAGAUUCAGUCUGUUGGGACUAUAAUGAAGAGGCUUUCCUCCCUUGAGGCCCAAGUCAAGCCAAUAAGAUCCUUUCUCCCUAGAAUUAGUCUCUUGAGCACAGAGAUCAAGAAAUUUGAAACAUUGGCUGUAUGGAGGUGUCCUCCCAGCCAUACCAGGCUAGCUACGAAACCACUAUGGUAUUCCUGGGGCCCAGUCAUCCGUUAAUUAGCUCAGUGGUGGGCUCCCAAUAGUUGUCUAAUAAAUUUAUUUUUCCCUAACUUGAACAGAGUUGUUUCUGUUACAUGUAACAUUGUGAUAAUGGUGGUACAAGGGAACAUUAUCAGAAUACAGUUCUGACAUUUUUUAAUGCUUUUGGCCAAAGCCAUUACAUGAAUCCCAGAAUAAACAUCUGGUCCAAUUUGACCUUGGGAGUUUAAUUAUGACCGACUUUCCUAACAUGGAAACGUGGAACAUUCAUAUGUGGAUCUUUGCAGGGAUCAGUAGCUCAAAAUAUCACUGUUUUGAUUGGUUAUCUCUAUCUAAAAGAAAUAAACCAAAAACCACACCUUCAACUUUGUCUUUUAUUAUAGCCAUAGUAAAAGGAAAGACUAAAAAUGAUGAUCAGCCUCACUACUGACCAAACACAAAUCAAAAUAGGUAUCAAGCUCUUGUUAAUCAGUUCUGCCAAAAUUUAAAAAACUGGCAAUAUCCAUUGUUGAUGAGAAUGUGAACAAAGGGCACUCUUUCAUAGUUGCAGGAAGCACAGAUUGGUCUUUCUUUCUGGAAGAUAAUUUGGCAUUGCCUAUCAAUAUUUAACACGUACAUAUCCUUGACCCAGCAGUUCUCCUCUUAGGAAAAAAAAAAAAAAAAGCAAAAGUAUACAA